UUCUCCUACUAUGGCAUGCGAGCUGUCCUGGUGCUGUACUUCAAGUACUUCUUGCUCUGGGACGAUGACUUGGCCACCUCCGUCUAUCACGUCUUCGUGGCUCUCUGCUACCUGACCCCAAUCCUUGGGGCCAUUGUGGCUGACUCAUGGCUGGGAAAGUUUAAGACUAUCAUCUACUUGUCCAUUGUUUAUGCGAUCGGCCAGGUUACGAUGGCUGUCAGUGCGAUCCAUGACAUCACUGACACUGACAGAAACGGGACACCAGACGACAUGACUUUUCAUAUUGUGUUGUCCAUGGUGGGUCUCUUUCUCAUCGCUCUGGGCACUGGCGGCAUCAAACCUUGUGUUGCUGCCUUUGGUGGAGACCAAUUCGCCGACCAUCAGGAAAAGCAAAGAAGAACUUUCUUCUCCAUAUUCUACCUUUGCAUCAAUGGUGGGAGUCUUCUGUCAACCAUUAUCACUCCAAUCCUGAGAGCUCAGAGCUGUGGCAUCUACAGUCAGCAAAAGUGUUACUCUCUGGCUUUUGGUGUCCCUGCAGCACUAAUGAUGGUUGCACUCGUGGUGUUUAUCGCUGGAAGCGGUAUGUACUAUAAAGCUGAACCACAGGGAAACAUCAUGCUGGACGUGUGUAAAUGUAUCGGGUUUGCUGUUAAAAACCGCUACAAGCACAGAAACAAACAAUACCCAAAGAGGCAGCACUGGAUGGACUGGGCAGAUGAAAAAUAUGAAAAACUCCUCAUUGCUCAAAUCAAAAUGGUGCUGAAGGUCCUGUUUUUAUACAUCCCACUCCCGAUGUUCUGGACCCUGUUUGACCAAAAGGGUUCAAGAUGGACUCUGCAAGCCACCAACAUGGAUGGAAACUUUGGGCUACUUGUUAUACAGCCUGAUCAGAUGCAGACUGUCAACCCCAUCCUGAUCCUGACUCUGGUGCCUAUCAUGGACAGUCUUGUCUACCCUCUGAUCAAAAAAUGUGGCCUAAACUUUACACCUCUGAAAAGAAUGACAGCGGGGAUGGUUAUGGCAGCUAUAGCUUUUGUCUGCGCUGCUGUGGUUCAGCUUCAAAUCGAUAAAACAUUACCCAUCUUCCCAUCAGCCUCCCAGAGUCAGUUGAAAUUACUUAACAUGGGCAGUGACCCAGUGACCGUUAAACUGCCCGGCAACGAACUUCUGGUACUUCCUGCAGCUCAAGCCAGUUAUGAAUUCUUUACAUUUGAACCAGAAAUAAUCAGUGUUUCAAUGGGCAGCCCUGAAGUGACGAAGAAUGUUUCCUUGGUUAAAGGACAGCGACAAACACUUCUUAUUCCCUCAAACAUCAGUGAUACGUGGCUGUUGACUGAUGCUUUGACUUCUAAGCCUCAAGAAGGCAACAAUGCGAUCCGAUUUGUGAAUGGGAUGAAUUCAGCAGUGAACGUGUCGACUCCUGGAGCUGACUUUGAAACAAUUGAGCCAUUUUAUUUUUCCAACUACUCCCAGAUAAAAAAUGGAAAGGCCAGCUUCACCUUACAGAGUGGUUCACAGUCAUGUGAAUACAGCAGGGUCUUUGGAUUUGGAAGUUCCUACACCUUCUUUAUCCCCAACACUCUGGUCUUUGGACCGACUUGCCAGGAGGCUGUUACUGUAUCAGAAGAAAUCCAGCCCAACACAGCUCACAUGGCUAUCCAGGUCCCACAGUACUUCUUCAUAACUGUUGGUGAAGUGAUGUUUUCUGUGACUGGUCUGGAGUUCUCCUACUCACAGGCCCCUAGUAACAUGAAAGCAGUGCUGCAAGCAGGCUGGUUGUUCACCGUUGCUAUAGGCAACUUCCAGGUGCUGAUUGUGGCUGAGCUUGCAAAGAUUCCCGACCAGUGGGUGGAGUACAUCCUAUUUGCCUCUCUCUUGGUUGCAGUGUGUUUCAUCUUCUCCAUUAUGGCACAUUUCUACACCUACAUCGACCCUACAGAAAUUGAGGCCCAGUUCAAGAAGGAGGUUAAUGAAGAUGAUGAGGAUGAUCAAAGCCGGCUUCAGAAGGCGGAGAUUGAGAUGGUCAAGAAAGACUCAAUUAAAAGUCACAAAGAAGACGAUCCAGGCAAAAUGUCCAAAAUGUGA